AUGAGAUUUCUCUGUUUGCCAGGCGCCUAUGCCAGUGCCGAAACCUUUCAAGUUCAACUCGGUCCCUGCGUAGCCGAGGUCGAGGAGGCAGGCAAUGCCGAGUUCGUCUGGACUCAGGGCACAUACUCUGCCACGCCGCCAGACGGGUUCAAGGAUUUCUUUGGCCGAGGUCCCCACUACCGCUUCUUCGACUACGACGGACAUCAGGCUUUUGAUAUACUGGAGAAGAUUCGCGAUUUCCCCGAAGGCGCCAACGCAGAAGAAACAAUGAGACAGCUCAUGGGGGACGGAGCUUCACAUACUGCCAAAAGUGUGCGCAAUGCACUGCAGGUCUUGAUUGACACUAUUGAUGCAGACCCGCAAAUUGAAGGUAUCCUGGGAUAUUCUGAAGGAGCCACCACCGCUGCAAGUUUAAUCUUGGAGGAACGUCGCAGAUUACAAGAGACUGGCAGGCCGAGGAGAAUCAAGUGCGCAGUCUUCUUCGCAGGUUGGCCGCCCUUGUCUCUCCAAGACGGAAAAGUGCAAGUCUUGCUCGCCGACCAGAGCGAAAGCGUCAUUGACGUUCCGACCCUGCAUGUGAUAGGAUGCAACGACCCGUACAUUCUCGGAGCCAUGGCCUUGUACAACAUGUGUGACGAGGAUUCGGCCGAGAUCUUUGACCACGGAAAGGGCCACACGGUUCCUCGGGAUCGGAGGACCGUUCAUGAGCUUGGCGACGCGUUUCGCCGCGUCGUGAGCAGGGAAUACUCGUGGCAAAGCAAUCUGAUUGAGGUCAAGGGGCUUGACAUAAACUAG